UGUCUUUCUCUCUCUGUCUCUAUCUCCCUAUCCGCUGAUAUGGCAUCGCAUUCAGUGUUCGGAUCGGCCUCUUUCGGUCUCUGAGAAGCCUCCUCUGCUCAUGCUCAGGUUGUUUAGAUGGGAAAGCUUAUUUUAACCUGGCUGGUCACAUUGGCCAAUAUAGUAGAGAAAAUGGCCUUGUUAUUUUUUCCUCCCAUGUGAUGGAAAUGGUUUGAGUGGUUGAUGAAUAUGUCAUAGGAGUUUACACCCAAAACUUCACUGCAUGGAAGAUCACACAUUUGUUGUUGGUCAAAAAUUCCCUGAUGUAAAAGCAUUCCGCAAUGCAAUUAAAGAAGCAGCUAUUGCGCAGCAUUUUGAGCUUCAUAUCAUUAAAAGUGACUUGAUACGUUAUUUUGCCAAGUGUGCAUCAGAUGGCUGUCCAUGGCGCAUUCGUGCUGUCAAACUCCCUGAUGCUCCUACCUUUACAAUUAGAAGUCUUGAGGGGACACAUACUUGUGGGAGAAAUGCACAUAAUGGGCACCACCAGGCUUCUGUUGAUUGGAUUGUGAGUUUUAUUGAGGAAAGACUGCGAGAUAAUAUCAAUUACAAACCAAAAGAUAUUUUACAUGACAUCCAUAAGCAAUAUGGGAUAACAAUACCAUAUAAGCAAGCUUGGCGUGCAAAGGAACGUGGCCUUGCUGCAAUAUAUGGCUCCUCUGAAGAAGGAUAUUGCCUACUUCCUGCAUUUUGCGAGCAGAUAAAGAAAACCAAUCCUGGAAGUUUUGCAGAGGUGUUUACCGCAGGUGCAGAUAACCGUUUUCAGAGGCUUUUUGUUUCUUUUUAUGCAUCGAUACAUGGCUUCCUUAAUGGUUGUUUGCCCAUUGUUGGACUUGGGGCAAUCCAACUGCAAAGCAAAUACCUUAGCACAUUCCUUUCAGCAACGUCAUUUGAUGCUGAUGGUGGGUUGUUCCCACUUGCAUUUGGUGUUGUUGAUGUUGAAAAUGAUGAAAGCUGGACUUGGUUUUUGUCCCAGUUGCACAAGACACUUGAGGUAAAUAGUGAAACCGUCCCGCCAAUGAUAUUCUUGUCAGAGGGACAAAAAGGUAUUAUGGAUUCAGUAAGAAGGAAGUUCCCUAAUUCUUUUCAUGCAUUCUGCAUGCGUCACUUAAGUGAAAGUAUUGGCAAAGAGUUCAAGAAUUCUAGGCUUGUCCAACUUCUGUGGAAGGCAGCAUAUGCCACCACAACCUCUGCUUUUAGAGAAAAAAUGGCCGAAAUAGAAGAGGUUUCUUCUGAAGCUGCUAAAUGGUUACAGCAGUUUCACCCAUCUGAGUGGUCUCUAGUACAUUUUGAAGGAACACGAUAUGGUCAUUUGUCCUCUAAUGUUGAGGAGUUCAAUAAAUGGAUUUUCGAAGCCCGGGAGCUGCCAAUUAUUCAGGUGAUUGAGCGGAUUCAUAACAAGCUCAAGACUGAGUUUGAUGACAGGCGUUUGAAGAGCAAUUCAUGGUUCUCUGUACUCACUCCAUAUGCCGAGAGGCGAAUGAUGGAGGCUAUUACCUGUGCAUCCACAUAUCAAGUCCUUAGAUCAGAUGAAGUGGAAUUUGAGGUUCUCUCAGGUGAUCGCUCAGAUAUUGUGAAUAUUGGUAGCCAUAGCUGUUCUUGCCGUGAUUGGCAGCUAUAUGGAAUACCAUGUUCUCAUGCUGUUGCAGCUCUGAUGUCAUGUAGAAAGGAUGUCUAUGCUUUUACCGAGAAGUGUUUUACUGCUGGUAGUUACAGAGAGACCUAUGCAGAGGAAAUACAUGCCAUCCCUGAGAAACUUGAAUGGAGAAAAACAGAUGAGACUUCCACCGAUGACAAAGCUGUACUUGUACGGCCGCCCAAAUUCCGGAGACCACCAGGACGCCCUGAGAAGAAAAGAAUUUGUGUUGAGGACCUUAAUCGAGAGAAGCAUACAGUGCAUUGUAGUCGGUGUAAUCAAACUGGACAUUACAAGACAACGUGCAAAGCAGAGAUUAGUCAUAGUAUAGAACAGUUUUAGGUGUCUAAUUUUGUACUCUUAGGUCACAUGAACUAGCAUGGUUAGCAUCUAGGGACAAAAUGUUAAGGAUGUACCCAUUAUUUAGGCUAUGUAAAAAAUUUAUUCAACUCAAUCUGCAUGUAUAAACUGAAGUAACUUUGUAAGAUUGUCAGGCUUGUAAUCAAAAGCAAGUUCUAGCCGUCCCUUGGCUCAUAUGUUUUGAA